AUGUCCUUCUAUAACCCAGGUAUAAAUACCAACGAGGGUGCUGGAUUUUACCAGCCUAAUACCCCAUUUCAGGUUCCUCAAGGAUCGAUGUCGUUCAGCCAGCAACCCGCGCCAGGACAGGCAUUCUCGCAAGAACCGCUUCCCACGGGACUGCUCAACGCGCUGUCAACCAAAGGAUACCCCCACGAGCUGCCUUUGCUGGAGGAAAUCGGAAUAAAUUUCUCACACAUUUUGAGCAAAACAAAAAUGGUACUCACACCCUUGCAAAGAGCAGAUUCUCUCCCCUUUGAAGUGAUUGCAGACUGCGAUCUUGCAGGUCCAUUGAUUUUCUGUCUUCUGUUUGGCACGCUUUUGCUGGUCGCGGGCAAAGUGCAUUUCGGUUACAUCUACGGCGUGGCUCUCUUUGGCACGGUCUCUUUGCACACACUACUCAAGCUAAUGGGGAAUAACAACAGCACCAACAGCGCAGACGGAGCGCAUCGACAGUCUGACCAGCUAUUUCUCAGAACAGCCUCGAUACUUGGCUACUGUUUUUUGCCGUUGUGUCUGCUGUCUCUGGUCGGUGUUUUCGUCUCGCUCAACAACGUUUUGGGCUACACGCUCGCGCUUUUUUUGUAUGCUGGUGUACGUGGUCCUCCUCCGGGUUUUUCACUGCUGCCAUGCAUCUACACGACACCAGAGUCCUUAUUGCCUACCCACUGUCCAUCUUUUACAGUGUCUUUGCACUUAUGGCGAUAUUCGUUUGAGAGCGUGUAUACGACUAAGUAA